AAAAUAUUGGCGCCCUUCUGAUAAAUGCCUGCAAGGAAUGGAAGAUUGAAAACAAAAAUCCAGCACUUGUGACAGACAAUGCUAGAAAUAUGAUAACAGCAGCUCAAGAGGCUGAGAUGACCCCUCAUGUUACAUGCAUUGCCCACACCAUUAACCUGGCUUCACAGAAAGCUUUUCAAGUGAAAGAUGCUGCAAGAGUGCUGAGCCGAGUGAGGAGAAUCGUAACUUUUUUUCAUCACAGCCCAAAAGCCACUGACAUCCUGCGCCAGAACCAGCUGCUGCUUGGUUUGCCAUCACACAAGCUCAUUCAGGAUGUAUGCACUCGCUGGAAUAGUUCCUAUGACAUGUUGGAUCACUUUUUGGAACAACAGCCUGCAGUUUUUGCAAGUUUGAUGUCAAGAGAGGUGAGGAGGGGCGAGGAUGUCAAUACUUUGACAGAAGAAGAUCUUGCUGCAGUUGAGGCAAUAGUAAAACUUAUGAAACCAGUCAAAGUGGCAACAGCGCUCCUGUGUGAGGAAGACAACCCUACCCUCUCCAUGGUCGCUCCUGUUCAGGCAAAACUGAAAAAGCAUUUUAAACCACUCAACGAUGAGCUCCACAUCAUCACUGAAAUGAAGGUCAAGUUCCUGGAAGACUUUAAUAAAAGGUACCAAGGACUUCAGGACACGCUGCAUGUGGCCAGUGCUUUAGACCCACGCUUCAAAAUGUUGUCCUUCAUUGAUGAUGACAAAACCAGAGACCAGAUUUACCUCGACACUUUAAGUGAGGCACUAACCCUACAUGAGAAAACAACUGAGGACAGACAAAAGGAAUCUGAGAAAGGUCCCACACAAAGAAACCCAUCUCCAGGUGAAGACAGUCCUCACAACAAGAACGAGACAAGUGCAGGUGGGUUUAGUGUGGUGUUGCCAAGAACAAGACAACUUUUAAAAUACAGUUUUCUUUAAAUUUUAAUAGAACUAUGCUAAUGGAUAAAGCUCAAACGCUUUCAAUGAACAGUUUUUAACAGUUUUGAAUUUACAUGUUACGAGCAACUGCAAUUUAAUAAUUAUUUUAGUUAUAAAAGAUUGUUUUGCGAGCCACCUAGUUAAUUUUUUUCUAUUUUUUUUAAACUGUAGAUGGUGGCCUCCCCCCCAAAAAGAUGAAGGCUUUGGAUCAGAUGUUCAGUGACAUUGUAGAAACGAGUGCACCCCUGAGGUCCUACAGAGACCUUGCAAAAGAUGAAGUCUGGAAGUACAGAAACCGUGAUGCUUUGCCUUUGGAUGGAGAUGUCUUCCUCUGGUGGAGAGACCAGCUGGAUCUGCCAAUGCUGUCUUCACUGGCUAAGAUUUAUUUGUGCAUACCUGCCACCAGCGUUCCAUCAGAAAGAGUUUUCAGUACUGCUGGUGACAUUGUUACAGCACA